UUGAUUCACUUUUAAACGAUUCAAGUGGAGAGAUACGCCAAUGCGGCUUGUAGUGUUUUGUAUGUGUUUUUAUUUAUAGUAAGACAGAUUAUGGGCAUCACAAACAUGUAAAACACAGCUUCUAUUUAAACUUGUUUGACGUAUUUUGUGAGGAAGACAAUAUGGAUAUAUUCUGCGCAAAAGUGGAUUGCAGCUCCUAGUGGCGUUUCCUGUUGAGUACGGAUUACCAACACUUUCUGCCGAAUAGAAAAUAAAAUGUUCCCGCCUUAUAAACAGAACAUGCCGAACACUCAAAUGUCCUAUCAUUGAAAGUGAGUGAUAAUGGAUGAGCUUCUAGCAUUCAACGGAAAAGCUGGGAAGCUCAAUGAAGGUUUAUUUAAAAAGUUGAAAUUACUCUGCCAGCCUGAGAAAGCAAAACAAGGAAAUGCACAACAAGGCAAUGAAACAACGCUUGUGUCAAAAGGUGAUGUCCCUUUGUACAACACACGUCUUGUUAUACGCACGGUGGACAAACCUUGGGCGGGUGAUCUCUCUGAGAAAGAUAUAGAGAAUAACCUGGAGCAGACAAUUCUACAUUAUGCAAUCGUUCCCCAAGUGGCCUACUACAGAAAUGCACAGACUGUUAACUUCGUCGCACCAUUUUUUGGAGGGGGGACCUUAGAUGAAGUAAUACAGAGAGAAAGAGAAAAAACAGCAGAGAUCGAAACGGAAAGACCAUCUGAGAGAAAACCGGAAAUAGAAGCGGAAAUACCAUCUGAGAGAAAACAGGAAAUAACAGCGGAAAGUUCGCAAACGUUAGAAUGGAAGGAUAAGUUGCGAAUACUUUACCAAAUAUGCCGGGCCAUUGAAUAUCUUCAUCAGCCACCAAAAUGCGAAAGAAAACCUGUAUCCCAUGGCAACAUUUGCAUGCAAAACGUUUUAUUGGAUGAGCAGAAGAACGCCCGAUUGUUAUUUCUUGCACCACAAUCGGAUGAAGUAGAAGUUGGGACGGAACAGUUUCAAGAGGACAAAAACAAAGAUGUGCAAGCCUUCAAAAAAAUGGCACACGACGUCCUUGAACAAAGUGGGAAAAAAGCAACAUCAGAUGUUCUUGCACGUAUACAAAAGGCUGUUACGAUGACAGAUAUAACAAAAAAAAUGGAGUCGGAUCUCAGAAGAGAGGGUAUCAUCUGGUGGACUCCAUCGAAAAACGACGAUGGAAAAAAGAAAGACAAGUGUGAGAUUUGCUGCGUAAAUAAGCCCGAAAAGACUUUCGUCAAACUUCAACAUGAAAUAAGUUGUCCUUCAAAAAUAAAGAUGUGCGUUGGCUGUCUGUGGAACUGGCAAUACAAUCCCGUCAAGUGCCACUCGUGCGAUCAAGAGAAAAUACGGUCCCCAGUCGGUGAUGGCUGGGGUGCUAUUCUCAUAGCAGGCAUCGAUGACAAAGAUAAGAAUACAAAACUGUUUGAAAAGGAUAUAGACGAGAUUGAACGUAGACUCAUCACAGAAGCGACUAUGAUGGGUGUAUGGGACGACUAUGUUAUCAAAGUUAAGAAAUCUGCAACCACGUACCGUGAACAGUUGAAGAAAGCGUUCAAAUAUAUUACAACUCUAAAGAUAGACACCCUCGUAUUAGUUUAUUCUGGUCACCAUGGUGAUGAAGGAUUCAUAUCAAAUUCUGAUCCGUUGAAGGACGAUGACCUUGAGAACGAAAUCAAUGACCUUGAACAUGUUUCGAAAGUUAUUGUAUUUCUUGAUGGUUGUCAACUAAAUAAGCUGAAUCUGAGCAAGAGAGCGGUGUUGCAGUUUAAUGCCGUAACAAGCAAACAAAAGGCUUCAUGUGGACCCGAAGGUAGCAACUACAUCAAUGGAAUUGUCGAUAUAUUAUCAAAGCCAUGGAAAUGUGGGUGUUGCCAGAAUACACCUGUUAUCAAGCAUUAUGACAUACAGAGAUAUUUAAACAAACACCCAAUAUCACAGAGGACAGAACCGACGCAUCACACAUCCACAGACGGCGAAAUUUACGACAUUGUUACGUUUAGACCGAUCGACCCUGGAUGGCUGAAAGCGUUGGAUGAAUCACUAGAGAGCAGCCCAUUUCAAAGUAAGCUUAAUUUUGAGUUGCAUACUGAAUUGAUAUGCGACAUGACUAGGAAAUAA